ACGCGAAAAGCAGCUCAAGAAAUAGAUGACUGCUUUGGAAGGACAGCAAAAUCGGAGACAGGAAAGCUGCGUUCCUUGUUAAAUUUAGAAUAACAAUCGAAAACAUUCUCUACAGAUACGAAGAAUAUGGACAAUAGUAAGCGGAAUGUUGUUGUAACAGACACAAAGGCCAGUUGAAGACGGGAUAGCCGGAUAAAAUAUAUGUAGAUUGCCUGGGAACUGAGGGCUUCACAAAAGAGAAUUGGCCAGCUGCCGACCCUCGCUUGCUCCUUUUCACCUCCCUGUCAGACAGAUCCCUUGGUCUCCAAGGGAACAACAGACCAGCCCAUCAAUCCCAUAGGGAUUCCGAGUGGUGUCUCAACGUUACUGCAGCCACAAUCACACAUACACUCAGUGGUGGAAAAAGUACCCAAUUGUCAUACUUGAUUAAAAGUAUUGAAACCUUAAUAGAAAGUUACUCAAAUAAAAAUGAAAGUCAGACAGUAAAAGUCUAAAAGUAUUUGGUUUUAAAUAUACCUAAGUAUCACAAUUAAAUGUAAUUGCUAAAAUAUACUUAAGUAUCAAAAGUAAAAGUAUAAGUCAUUUGAAAUUCCUUAUAUUAAGCUAAGCAGACAGCACCAUUUUCUUGUCUUUAAUUUACCGAUAGCCAGGGGCACACUCCAACACUUGGACAUUAUUUACAAAAUAUGCAGAGGCAGUAGGGAUAAACAAUUGUUCUUUUGAUAAGUGUGUGAAUUUGACCAUUUUCCUGUACCGCUAAGCAUUCAAAAUGUAACUUUUGUUGUACUUUUGUUUGUCGGGGAAAAUGUAUGGAGUAAAAAGUACAAUAUUUGGGGGGAAAUGUAGUAAAGUAAAAGUUGUUAAAAAUAUAAAUAGUAAAGAUACCCCAAAAAACUACUUAGGAGGUACUUUAAAGUAUUUUUACUUCAGUACUUUACACCACUGCAUACACUAUACUGUGUAUACAAAAGUAUGUGGACUCCCCUUUAAAUUAGUUGAUCCGGCUAUUUCAGCCACACAAUGCAAUCUCCACAGACAAACAUUGGCUGUAGAAUGAUGAGCUCAGUGAAUUUCAACGUGGCACCGACAUAGCUUGCCACCUUUCCAACAAGUCAGUUUGUCAAAUUUCUGCCAUGCAAGAGCUGCCCCGGUCAACUGUAAGUGCUGUUAUUGUGAAGUGGAAACAUUGAGGAGCAACAAUGGCUCAGCCGCGAAGUGGUAGGCCAUUCAAGCUCAAAGAAUGGGACCGCUGAAGUGCAUAGCGUGUAAAAACCGUCUGUCCUCGGUUGCAUCUCUCACUACCGAGUUCCAAACUGCCUCUGGAAGCAACGUCAGCACAAGAACUGUUCGUCAGGAACUUCAUGAAAUGGGUUUCCAUGGCCGAGCAGCCACACCGCAGCCACACACAAUGCAAAGCAUCAGCUGGAGUGGUGUAAAACUUGCCGCAAUUUAACUCUAGAGCAGUGGAAACGCGUUCUCUGGAGUGAUGAAUCAUGCUUUAUCAUCUGGCAGUCCGACGGACGAAUAUGGGUUUGGUGGAUGCCAGGAGAAUGCUACCUGCUCCAAUGAAUAGUGCCAACUGUAACGUUUGGUGGAGGAGGAAGUCUGGAGCUGUGAUUCAUGGUUCAGGCUAGGCCUCUUAGUUCCAGCUAAGGGAAGUCUUAAUGCUGCAGCAUACAAUGACAUUCUCGAUGAUUCUGUGCUUCCAACUUUGUGGCAACAGUUUGGGGAAGGCCCUUUUCUCUUUCAGCAUGACAAUACCCCUGUGCACAAAGCAAGGUCCAUAAAGAAAUGGUUUGUUAAGAUCAGUAUGGAAGAACUUGAUUGGACUGCACAGAGCCCUAACCUCAACCCCAUCGAACACCUUUGGGAUGAAUUGGAACGCUGUCUGCGAACCAGGCCAACGUCAGUGACCUCACUAAUGCUCUUGUGGCUGAAUGGAAGCAAGUCCCCACAGCAAUGUUCUAACAUCUAGUGGAAAGCUUUCAUAGAAGAUUCAAGACUGUUAUAGGAGCAAAGGGGGGACCAACUUCAUAUUAAUGCCACUGUUUUUGGAAUUAGAUUUUCGACGAGCAGGUGUCCACAAACUUUUGAUCAUGUAGUGUAUAAACGCAUUAUAAAGCUAGCUUUUUAUGGGUUUUAGCUUUUUUUUGAGUGGCUCUUCUAGCAUAGGUUCUUAGUAGAGUUGUUUUUUUUCCCUUCAAGCAAAUCUAUUACCAAUCAAACCUGGCAAAUGUUUGUAUAAAAUGUUUUUAUAAAUGUGUAUAACACAGAUGUAGACCUAUAAGUUAGCAACAAUCUCAAGUUAAUUGAACUUUGAGAGAAGCCAACCUGACAUUGAACACAUUACACACAAAAAUCUGCAAACAAUUUUUUUUUUUUUUAAACGCUGCCAUAUUUUUUAGGGUUUGAGCCAUUUGGAGCGCACACCAUUAAUGCCAGUUGGGUAGCAGUCCAGGAACUGAAAAAGCUGGGCUUGGGAAAGGACGUAGACCUGCAUGUGUAUGAGGUGCCUGUCGAGUACCAGGCAGUCCAGAGUUUGGUUCCGUCAUUAUGGAAGCAGUAUCAUCCCCAGUUAGUGGUCCAUGUUGGAGUCUCGGGUAUGGCCACCACCGUUACCUUGGAGAAAUGUGGCCGUAACCGUGGCUACAAGGGUCUCGACAACAGCCGCUUCUGUCCCCAUUCUCAGUGUUGCAUUGAGGGGGGUCCUGACUGCAUUGACUCUGUUAUUGACAUGGAAUCGGUCUGCAAGAGAGUGGCAGCCUCUGGCCUAGGUGUAGCAGUGUCCGUCUCAAAAGAUGCUGGCAGAUACCUCUGUGACUUCACCUACUACACCUCUCUGUACCUGAGCCAUGGGCGCUCAGCGUUCGUCCACGUGCCUCCCAUAGCAAAGCCUUAUAGUGGAGAGGACCUGGGUAGAGCCCUUCAAGCCAUCAUACAAGAGAUGCUGAACAUGCCAGAGAGAGCCGAAGAGAAGAUCCACUGCCAGCACGUGCACUAAGUGACAUGCUAGACAGAGCCGAAGAGAAGAUCCACUGCCAGCACGUGCACUAAGUGACCUGCGAAAGCCAACUGCCUUUACCCCUUACACACAGGAGAUAUAAUGCAGUUAACCACAAAUACCCCAAUAACGGUUUUGUUUUAUUACCUCGUCUGGUGCAAAAGAGGAAAUGGCAACGAAACGGACACUUCCAGUUGACUCAUUCCACAGAAAUGUUUUCACGUUCUUCGUUGAUGUUGCCUCAAGCACUUUACCUGGCCCAGCAGUUUUUAAUUUUUGUUUAUCUUAGUGGUAAUGGAUAGAGGUGAGGUGAGUAAAGCUGAUCCAGGUCUAGUGUUUAGGUGUAACUUGAGCUUUCUCCACAUCCUCUCUAGAUAGCAAGAGUUGCUUCCGUGUUCUGGGGAAUUGAACUGGAAUUACUGGAAUUGACAGAAGGGAGUCACCUGCUUGCGUUAAGAUUGCUACUCUUUUUGAAUCUGUUUUCAUGGUUUCAUGGUUUUGGCUCUUUAUCCAUACUUUCACUGUAAUCUCAGAAACAGUGUAUGGAAAAGUCCUUUUCUACAUCAACUCACUGUACAAGUUCCACAUUAUUUAUUGGGAUCUUUCCUUUUUCCUUUCAGUUAUUUUAAGGGGAAUUUCUGCCUUUGGUUGUUAAUCAUCAUCUUGAAGAGUUGUUUUUCUUACCAGCUUUUUCAUUGAAGUCUGAGGCAUCCACUUGUUGGUACUACUUAAGUCAUGCUAGUACUUCCUGUAUUUAUGUAUAUUAUUUAAUGGUGUUAGCUUAAGGUGUUUAGCUAGAUUUAUAUGUUCUGAAUGUGCCUGAAACAUUUUCUGUAAAGCAUUAUUUAAAGAGAAAUUCACAUUGUUUUUGCACAUUUCCCUCGUUCAUUAUCUGAACAUUUGUUUGUCGUUUUUCGUAUAAAAACAUUUUUUUUAAGCAAAAUUCAGAUAGUUACUUUUUAAAUGCAAAAUGUUGCUCUUUUACAUUGAUAACUUAUUGUUUCUUGAGUCUUUUUAUUUAUCAGAAGUUGUACAUUUCCCUUCUUUUACUAAGGUAUCAAGAAAUGGGUUGGUUGUAUCAAAUAUUUUUUUUGUCUGUUUGCCCAAUUUUGACUGGUAGCUCUUUGGUAUUGUUUGACAGAUACAGCAUUAGUUCAAUGAACUUCAUCAGAUCAGUAUUGUCACGCCCUAACCGGUUUAUUUCUCUAUUUGGUUAGGUCAGGGUGUGAUUUGGGUGGGCAUUCUAUGUUUUCUAUUUCUUUGUUUUUGGCAGAGUGGUUCCCAAUCAGAGGCAGCUGUCUAUCGUUGUCUCUGAUUGGGAAUCAUACUUAGGCAGCCUUUUUCCCACCUAUGUUGUGUGUAAUUAUUUAUUUUCUGUGUGUGUUUGUGUCACGUUCGGGUUCUGUUUACCUGUUCUUUUUUAAUGAAAGUUUCACUUUAUUAAAAGAUGUGGAAUUACA